ACUUGUUGUGGUAUUGGAUGUUGGUGGUGGUGGAGGGUGCAGGCGAGAUAUUGGGGAGACCGAUGCUAGUAAAAACGAGAAUCGUCAUUUUUCAGUUCUCACCUAGAGUGGCAAUACACCUAGCAACGCCCUUGAUGACCCCUACACAGUUCAAUAAGUUCAACAAUAAAAUCUCUAGAGCACUGACGUGGAUCUUCCAUUUUCAUAUUCACUGUGCACACACAGACGAGAAACAUUACAAAAUAGACCGAUCAAACAGCUGCCUGAAACACAUGUCGCGAGCCAGAUUCGCGGCGAUCUUCUGUUCACACCCUAAGAUUUGUCUGCGCAGAUGUGGUUGGUGCCCACAGAUUUGAGCAACUUUUCUCAAACCUCCAACUCCAACCUACAGGUCUGCGUACAUCUCAUAUCUGCACAAAAUCUGGUUCACAGGCAACGAUUUGUCUGCGCAAUUUAAUGUGCAAAGAUAUUACCGCAGUGAGGUCGUUGCGUCUCUGCGGACUUCGGCACAAUCGUAGCUGAAUUUGGUAAUAUCUUUAUGGUUCGUAUUGGUAAUAUCUUUAUGGUUCAUGGAAAAACUUGGCAAUUGGCAAUAUAAGCGUAGGGGAUGUAAAUGUGCGUUAAUUUGCUGGAAAUGAACUGUUACCUGUCUCCCCCGAAUAAAUAAUAGAAAUUAUGUCGUAGCCAAAACUAUUAAUUAUUCUUUGUCAAUGUAUAUAUGUUAUUUGUGUUGCACGUAUUGUAUAUCAACUAUGAAAACAUCACUUUGUGUCCGAUGUUAAUAUGCAUUUGUAGCUGAAACGCACAAUUGGCGUGUAACGUUGGAGUGUGAGGACGUAGUAGCUGCCACUGAUUUUAUUAUUUCUGUUGUGCAAUGGAGAGUUUAUAAUGCAUUCGAAUGUGCAAUGGAAAUAAAAGUUAACAAUGUAUGUUGCAUAUUAUGAAACACGUUCGUUGCUUACAACGGCGUGUGUGUAAUUGGAAUUCAUUCGGUUGUACCGCAUCGCAGUCUAGUAACAGAAGAUAACGCAAGUAAAGGGGAUUGAGAUUUUCAUUUGAAAAAUGGCUAUUCAAGAACUUCCUAAGAAUGUACAAUCAUUAAUACGCUCGAGUAUUGCGGUUCCAAGUGUAUCACAAGCUGUGAUUGAAUUGGUGCUGAAUUCUAUUGAUGCUGGGGCAACUUCUGUUGCUGUAUAUGUUGAUCUUAAAUAUUUUAAAAUUCGCGUGGAGGAUGAUGGAUGUGGAAUGACUCAAGAUCAGUUAGAGCUUAUUUGUGGGAGGUAUAUGACCAGCAAAUGCUAUUCAGUCGAAGAUCUUAAGGAUGGUUUACGUUUUUUUGGAUUUCGUGGAGAAGCUCUGGCUAGUAUCCGAGAUGCUUCUGGUGUCCUGUCAAUUAUCACAAAGCAUGCUACAAGCAAACAAGCAUAUUCCAAAAUGUUUGUGCGUGGAGUAUCAUUAAAAAUUUCACCAUGUACAUUAAAGAAUAUGGAUGCUGGGACAACAGUCAUAGUGCAGGAUUUUAUGUACAAUUUACCUGUUAGACAAAAGUGCACACAUGAUACAUUGGAUGUUGAGGAAAUUAAGCGUCAGAUUGAGUGCAUUGCUCUGAUGCAUCCACAGAUAUCAUUCAGCCUUCGUGACGAGUGCAAAGGAUGCACAAUCCUUCAAAAACAUCGAAGUGCUGAUCUUCAAAGUUGUUUUUCCCACUUGUUUGGUAUGACCAUUGGUCAGACCCUGGCACCUGUACAAUACAAAGCAGAUAACUUGACCAUACGUGGGUACAUUGGGAAAGAGUCCUCAAAGUAUAAAAACUUACAGUUUGUGUAUGUUAAUAAAAGAGUUGUGCUGAACACAAAAAUACAUCAAUUAGUGAAUAAUAUGUUAGCAAAGAGCUCUAUUUUAAGAGCCAAUGGGCCAUGGCGUUACAAGCCCAUACCAAAGGAAAUGAGUUCCAAAAGUCUACUGUCAAUGCCAAACCUUAAUCGACGGAAUAGAUUUGGUGUUUAUGUUCUUAAUUUGCAGUGUCCAUAUGCAGAUUAUGACAUAUGCUUUGAUCCUAAGAAAACAGUAAUUGAAUUCAGGAAUUGGAAGCACAUACUAAAUUGUUUUGAAGAAUGUAUGAGACAGUUUCUAGAGAAAGAAAAUUUGAUAGAUAGUUCUCUUGUUGAAGGAACUGAAGUUCCUGGAACCUCACCACUGACAUUUCUUGAGACCAUCGAAAAGGAAACUUUCCAAAACCAAUCCACAGAACCAAGCUGUGAUGAGGAGCCAUUUACACUCCACAUCAAACGUGCAUUUCAUGGGGUACCAGCCAGAAGAAGUGGCAUUUUAGAAGUUGAUAAAACAACAGUUAAUUAUGAAGAAACAUCUCACAGAACUUCAAAUAAACCCAAGUGCACUGACAAAUAUAUAACUAAUGAAGUUGCAGUAGGAGAUACUUCUGCUUAUUCAUGUACUAAGUUCCUAAAGAAACAAGAAACUUCAUUUGCUGAAACUAGCACAACAUAUAAGCAGUUGAGUUGUGAUACACCAGUUUCUUCAACAGAUGUUUUCCUUACAUCAAAUACAAUGGAUCGAAAGCUCUGUAAAAAUAGUGAAGUUCCCACUUCAAUGUCUGUGCUAUCAGAAUCAGAUGCUGUGACUCCUUUUUCUUCUAAUGUUUCAGACGUGUUUACUUUGCAGCAAAAGUCUUGUGGAAAUUUAGGCAUGUAUAAGUCUCAAAAGGAGUUUUAUCCUUUUUGUGGAAAGGAAAUUACUGUUUCGGAAGACAGUAGAAGUUUGGUAUCCUCAAGUAGUCUUAAAGAACAUCAGGAUAUGAGUUUUGAGAUGCAUAAUGACCAGGCUUAUAAUCACAGUGUGGAGACAGGAAACCAGAAAUUCAAAACUCAUAUGACAGCAGAUAAAUUUGUUCAAUCAGGUAACAAUGUAUUCAAACAAAAGUUACAUGUAUCUAGUUUGUUGGCUAACUGCAAGUCUUUGCCAUCAGAAUGUAAUGAAACACAGGGGUCUCCUCAAAAGCUGAAUCAACAGUCAAGUAGGGAGCAAACUUAUUUUUCUACAGAUUCUUCAGGGAGUGAUCAGAAACAAUACUUCCUUCCUAAUGCCCAGGUGUCUAAGAACAAUCAUGAAAGGAUGAAGGAAAGUGGAAAACAUAGUAGCUUUAUGAAUGCUGAAGAAUUUGUUCAAACCUGUGAUAAGGAAUUAUCACAAGAAUUACAUGAACAAGACCAAAUUUAUCCAUCAGUGCACAAGAGAAAUCAAUAUGAACACACAAGUGCUGAGGAUCCAGCAUGCAAUUCCACUGCAUUUAACAAUGAAGAUUGUAAGAUGACACAAGAUAUACAACUUGCGCAUCUCAAAGAGGUAACAUUUGAAGAAUGCACACAGAAAAAAACACAUCAAAUAUCUGCAGGAGAAUCACUUAGCAUUAAUGAUAUAUUUUGUGUUACAGAAGGGGACUUUGCAACUAUAGACGUCAUUAGAUCUCCUUAUUUUACAAAUGACAAAGGAUUUUCUGAUAAUGAAAUGAAAGUAGCAAGUCCAGACUCUGAUGUGAAUAAUUAUUCCACAUGUGAGGAAAAUCUGAUGGCAAAUGGUGUGUCUUGCCACAAAGAGUGUGAUGCAGGUGGUCAUUUUAAUGAUUUUGUAAAAGUAAAUAGGAACAGGAAGAGAGUCAGCCGUGAUGGAAGUGAUGCGCCAAGUGAAAAACAGAGAUUACUUGAAAUCACAAAAGUAACUAAUGUGAUAAAUUCAAAUGUAUACUUUGAUCAGUCUUAUAAUGGAAAUUUACUAAAUGAAGACAGGGAAUCUGCUGGUGAAGAAGAAAAGAAAUUUUUUUGUCACUACUCACCACAGGAAGGAUUGAGUCACUCAGUAGUCAAUGAGAAAUUGAGAGAAACUGAGAUCCCACAAGAAGCUUAUAGUAGUCAAAUGACAAACAGUGAAGAACAAAGUGAAGACACUAAUAAAUCACAAUUUUGGCUCCAACUGUUUGAUUCUUCUGGAAGAGCCUUUUAUGUUCAUAGUGAUAGUGGGGUGACAUCAUAUAGUGCACCAGCAAUAGAAAAUAUUAACAUGAAAUACACGAUUGAAGGACGAUACAGUUUCCUGCCAAAAGGCAUGUCACCAGGAGUCCAGAAAACAGUACUUCACAACAAGAGUGACUUGAAACCAGGGACUCGGCAGGAGCUCCACAAAAUGCUACUGAAUGAUGUCUCUUAUACAAAUGAAUCGGCUGAAGCUAAAUGGAGAAAUGCUGUUGGUUUGGAAAGUGCAGAGUCUAAAAAACUUGUGAAGAAACUAUUACUUGAUGCUGAAAGCCGAAUGAAGCACUCCAGAAAGCCCGAUGAAUCAUUGUAUGAAAAGAAACUUGCAAAGUUGUCAGCAAAAGUAUCGCAGAUAAUGUAUCCGACAGAAUAUAAAAAAAAUAUAUUUUGUAAUAUGCAUGUUGUAGGACAAUGUGACAAAAAAUUUAUUAUCGUAUAUUGUAGUUUUGUGGAAGACAAAGUACCUCAUGUAAUAGGAGCUUUUGAUCAGCAUGCAGUACAUGAGAGGAUAAGACUGGAAACAUUAAUGAAAGAAUACAUGGAAGAAGAUAGAAAGCAUACAUUUAAAGCAACAGAAUUGAAAUCUGAAAUUGUGCUUUCUUUAAACAGCAAGGACUGUCGAAUUAUGAAAAACUUUGAAGAAGAGUUUAGGCGACUUGGCAUAUCUUAUGAGGUACUUAAUGAUAACUGUGUCAGUGUGAAGAAGGUGCCCACUUGUCUGUAUAACAGAGAAAUAAGAGAGAAUUCUAGAAAAUCUUCAUCAAUAGAACGAUUUCUUAAGUGUUUGAUCAGUGACCAUGCAGAAGUAUUGUUUGAGACACAUGGAACUUGCUUUGGAAUACCUGGUGUUCUACAAGAAAUAAUAAAUUAUGAAGCUUGCCGAGGUGCAAUCAAGUUUGGCGAAGAGUUGGCACUUGAGGAAUGUAAAACUUUAAUUAAAAAUCUUGCAAAGUGUGACCAGCCCUUCAUGUGUGCUCAUGGUCGCCCUACAUUUGGUGUUAUAUUUGACUUGGAGCAAAUUAACAAAACAGUAAAAGUAGCUGUUAAUAAACUUGGGUUAAAGACCUAGCGAGAGUCUUCAGUGCUGGAGAGAAAGUGUUUGAUUUGCUAUCAUGCUACUAUUGAGGUAAUCAGUUGUGUGAAUGAGACACAAAGAUAAUUUCCUACAGGAAUAGUUUUAUCAAGGAAUGGAACAUUUUUUAAUUAUUCAUUAUCUCAUGAAUGAGGCAAAGAGUAGCUACUGUAUUAUUUCUGCCAAGAACUUACAAAAGUGAUCAGCAUAAAAAUGUUUUUAAAAUAUUAUGCAAGUAAACUGCAGCGGACAGAAAUUGGCUUUGUGAGAGAGACUACAGUCCAUCUGCUGGCAGCACCUGGUACCUGCAAAUGAAAAACAGUAAAGAAUGAGUACAUCAUACAGAAACAGUAAAGAAUGAGUUCAUCAUACAGAAACAGGAGAGAGAAGUAGAAGACUGUAAAGAUUUAUUAAUGGAAAGUACUUAGACCAUGAAGAAUUUACAAAAUGAGAAAGAGCGUUCUACAAAGUUCGUCAACUUGAGCAAAAUCCACACAUAUUUCCACAUGCAUAAUGAUCGGUUUUCCAACUGCGAUGUCAAACAUUGUAUACACUGCCACAUAUGGCAUCAUUUGUUUCAUGACGAAAUCAUAUUUUACUGGGGUAUUGUUAUAAUAUGUGGUACCAAUCCUUAACAAUGAUAAAAUUAUUUCUAUUUGAUUUUUAGCUGUUAUUAGCUAAACAUGUGAUAUGUGAAUUUAAAACAAAUUUAUGAGCUUCUUUCAUCUGCUCAUAUUCUGCUGAAGAAUCCAGACAGGAAUGCAGUGAUAGCUAAUGAACAUGAGUUAGUCAGCAAAGAAGAAGCUGACAGUUCAACUAUUGAUAGCAGACUAGCUAAGAGUAACUCACCAUUCCAGUAUUUCACAACUGGAAUAAUAUUUGUCGGUGAAAAAUAAAUCUCAACUAAAUAAGAAGAAAAGAAGGGUCAAUGAUUGGUUGGAUUACAACAGGUAAAUAGUAUGGAUAUUUCCAGAAGUAAAUAAUGUCAAUGAUGACAUAGAAAUUGCAGCAACGGUAGCAGGCUCAGAGGUAAAACUGAACAAAGUUGAUUGCCAGGUUUUUUGAACAACAGCCUCCUUCAUUUUCAAAAACAAUACCCAAAGAUAGGAAUUCUCUGAUUGCCAGGCUUCAGAUCAACAUUCAUAAUUAUUGUUUCCCCUCCUACUCUCUCCAGCACCUAUAUCUCCUCCUCCUCCUCCUCCUCCUCCUCCUCCUCCUCCUCCUCCAUACUUAUUCCAUUUACCCUAUACUUGGCUCUAGCAAUUUAUACAAGAGAAAUAGAUGGGUCUAAAAAAAUAACAGUCACAAAUUAAAGUUUCAUAUAUUUUUAGAUCUAAUAUGCCACAAAAGUUGCAGAAUGUCAGCUUUGUUACAUUAAAUUAAAGGAGAAUUUAUAAGCAAACCUGAGUCAGAUGUAACACUCUGCAGCUUUAAAAGAGCCUAUUUUUUUCCAAAGUACCUUUUAGAAGCGAUAAGUGAAAAAAAUUUUAUUGGUAUUUUUAAAGUAUUUAUUUACUAUAUUUCUUUGCAAAAUAUUAUGCCUGAAAUAAAUAUUCCAAGUUUUCAUUCUGUAAGUUUCUCUAUG